AGGCAAACCCCUGCGCCCCAUGAGCCCAACACGACCACGAGAGCAGGACUGGAGGAGCCAGGGGGAUGCCCACCAAGCACAGGCGUGGGAGAAGGACUGGAAGCGCCAAGAGAAGCCCGUGUGCCAUGCAGACUUGAUGCGCCAGCUGGAAAGGGACUGGAAAAGCCCUGCUAGAUGUUUGGAUGUAGGACUACGUCCGGAUGACAGCUGGAAAAGGCCUGAGAGUCCAGCACAGCAGCUGGAGGAUGACUGGAAAGGCCCCAAGCACACCCAAGACACAAACAACCCAGAGAAGCCAUUGGAAAGUGACUGGGGGAACAAGAGGCUUCUCAUUUACCACCCCCAGCUAGGUGGAGGUGCCUUCCCACCGCAAAGCAGCGCUGGCUCCUCGGGAAGCUCGCAGCCACGUUCAAGUGCCAGUGAGAAGCACAACAAGCCGGAUCUUCUCAAUUUCAAGAAGGGAUGGAUGUCCAUCCUGGACGAGCCAGGAGAGUGGAAGAAACAUUGGUUCGUGCUGACCGACUCGAGCCUGAGGUAUUACCGGGACUCGAACGCGGAGGAGGCUGACGACCUCGAUGGAGAAAUCGACCUCCGCUCCUGCACGGACGUGACGGAGUUUGCGGUGCAGCGCAACUAUGGCUUCCAAAUACACACAAAGGAUGCUGUCUUCACCCUGUCGGCAAUGACCUCAGGUAUCCGGCGCAACUGGAUCGAGGCCCUGAGGAAGAACGUGCGCCCGGUCAGUGCUCCGGACGUUACCAAGCUCUCCGACUGCGAUAAGGAGAACUCCUUCCGUAACUGCGUCCCACAGAAGGGCUCGCUCCGGACAGAGGAGCAGCAGCGGCCGGGCUCGGGCUCUGAGGGGAACUCGAAGGGCAGUCACUGGAAGGCGGACGGGCAGCGCCAUGCCUUUGACUACGUGGAGCUGUCUCCCUUGCCACAGGACCCUGGGAACCAGGGGUCCCCACAGAGGACGAGAGGGAGCUUGAGGGUCUCCGACCGACCUCCCAAGCAGGAGGAGCUGGAGCGGGAUCUGGCUGUCCGUUCAGAGGAGAGGCGGAAAUGGUUUGAGACCCCCGAUGGCAGGGUCCCAAAUAGUGAUGGCCUGGUGGGGGACUCUUCCCGCAAGAUGGGGGAGCUGGAGCCCCCCGCUCCCCCGCUCUCAGAGGACCAGCGGAUGCGGCUGAAUGAGGAGAUAGAGAAGAAGUGGCUGGAGCUGGAACGCCUGCCCUUGAAGGACUCACGGCGAGUGCCCUUGACAGCACUGCUGAACCAGAGCAAGGGAGGGCAAGGAGAAACCAAUGAGGCGCUGAAAAAGGAGGUCCAGUCGCUGCGGGCUCAGCUGGAGUCCUGCCGGGCCCGAAACGAGAGCCUUCGGGAGGCGUCGAAAUCCCAGGGAGACAGCCAUGUGCCCCGGGGGUACAUCUCACAGGAGGCCUGUGAGCGCAGCCUGGCCGAGAUGGAGACAUCCCACCAGCAAGUGAUGGAGGAGCUCCAGAGGCACCACCAGCGGGAGCUGGAGCGACUGCGGCAGGAGAAGGAGAGGCUCCUGGCAGAGGAGGCUGCGGCGACAGCAGCAGCCAUCGAGGCACUGAAGAAAGCCCACCGGGAGGAGAUGAAUAAGGAGCUGGGUAGGACACGAAGCUUCCAGCAGUGCGGCUCAGUCUCAGAUGCCCUCCAGAAGCAGCACCAGUUGGACGUGGAGUCUCUGAAGCGGGAGCUGCAGGUGCUUUCCGAGCAGUACUCCCAAAAGUGCCUGGAAAUCGGGGAGCUCACCCAGAAGGCAGAGGAGCGGGAACAGACACUGCUGCGCUGUCAGCAGGAGGGGAAGGAUCUCCUCCGGAAAAACCAGGAGCUGCAAACCCGCCUCUCUGACGAGAUUGGGAAGCUGCGAAGCUUUAUUUCAUCGCGGAGCUCUGGGGACCGCUCUCCGCACAACAACGAGCGGAGCUCCUGUGAGCUGGAGGUGAUGCUGCGGGUGAAGGAGAACGAGCUCCAGUACGUAAAGAAAGAGGUGCAGUGCCUCCGGGAGGAGCUGCAGAUGAUGCAAAAGGAUAAGAGAUUUGCCUCAGGGAAAUACCAAGAUGUCUAUGCAGAGCUGAAUCACAUUAAGGUGCGUUCGGAGCGAGAGAUCGAGCAGCUGAAGGAGCACCUGCGCCUGGCCAUGGCGGCUCUGCAGGAGAAGGAGUCGCUGUGCAACAGCGUCGACAAGUAACGGUCUGCUCUUCGUUUGUUUAUCUGUUCUUGUUUUGUAUUUGCUCCAUUCCUCACUUGCGGGGAGGGGAAGAUGGAAUCCCAUCCAUUAUCGCCUUGGCGAGGAAUCCCACCCAGCCCCCAGCCUCCUCACUCCCCUCCCAAAGCUUUUUUGAUGAACCCCUUUUGCCUGAGUACCUGAGCACAUUGUUUGGACUGGCUCCUUACAUGCACCUUCUUCAGGAUUUUAUAUGUGAAAAUUAUAUUUUAUAGAGGAAUUUUUCCCCCUGGGAAGAAGGGGAAGAGGAGGGGGAAAACCUUUUACUACAUCACCAGCAUUUUCUAACCUGAAAAAGAGAAUCUGUUUUUCCCCCCUUCCCCAGUCCUGAUGCUCCCGGCCACACAGCCACCUUCGGCACAUAUUCCCUCUCUUCCAAAAGUCUCCAUGGCCCCCCUAGGAUGUACGGUGAGGACCAUGCUCCCCCCUCUCCGUGCCACCCCCAGGGACCUGUGGAGAAAACAUGCAAGCCAUAGGAGGGAGCCGCCGGGGAAGUCUGCCAUGGAUGUGCUUGCCUGGGACUUUUGAAAGAGGAGACCUUGGCAAGAGUCUGCAUGAUCGAGCUCUCUCCGUGACUGUCCUUUGGCUCCUUCAAGAACCCACAUUGGCAGGAGCCCAGAGCCACAGGGUCUCUCCUUUCUGGGGAAGAGGAGCUGUGAGGCAACCUCCCCCAAGGUGGCAGCUGCUGCUGCUCUGCUGCGCCCUUCAACUUUUAACUUAAUAAAAUCUCCCCUUUCGCUGAGAAAAA